AUGUGUUCCGAAGACAGAAUCAGUAGUUUCCCGGAUCAUAUUCUUUGUCAUAUUUUGUCUUUCCUUCCUAUUAAAGAAGCAGUUCGAACCUCUAUUAUUUCAACCAAGUGGAGAUACCUCUUUCCUUCAAUUUCUACCAUUGAAUUUGAUCGUUGUUUACUGAGUGGUUUGACUGACAGAAAUGUUGACAGCUUCAAGAACUUUGUUGAUAGGUUAUUGAAAUUCCCCGAUCAAGUAAGUUUAGAUUGCUUUAGGCUAACUGAUGGGAUUUCUUCAUGGAAUGAUGAAGAUCAUGAUUUUGAUGUUUCUGGUUGGAUAUGUGCCGCACUGUGCCGUGGUGUUAAGGAAAUUGAUUUGCAAUUAGAUAAUCUUGGGGAUGCUCCACCUGUUUUAUUCACUUGCCAUUCACUGGUGAAACUGACAUUGGAAGGAAAAGGUUCUAAGCUUGAGGUCCCACCUGACGUUUGUUUAGGGAAUCUGAAGACUUUGUGGCUUGAACACUGGGUUCUUUUCGGUGAUUCCAUCAAUAGAUUGAUUUCCAAUUGUCAUGUCUUAGAAGAUUUGGCUUUUACUGACUGUUCUGUUGCGAAUACAAGUGAGCUUACCAUCCAAAGUCCUUCGCUUAAGCAACUGGUUUUAGAUUUUUUUUUCGGAAGACGUCGGAGGUUUCAAUUAUGUGCUGGUGAUUAA